GGCCGCUGGCCCAGCAGGCCCCACGCUGCUGGCUUCUGCUGCCUUCCCUGCCUCCAGGGCCGCCCGCUGCUGUGGGGACGCCAUGCUCCGACCCAGGCCCGGAGACUAACCCCAACCCCGCGCCAUCUCCGGCGGACCCCAGGGUCCCGCCCAGGCCUGGCAGGUCAACCUGGGAAUCAUUAACAAGAGUCCAUGACAUGGCGGAGAAGGAGGAUGAGGAGACUGAGGCUCACAGAGGUGGUACCACUUGCCCAAGAUCCAAGCCAAGAAAGGGUGGUCGGCCUGUGCCAUGUUACUCUAGACCUAAGGUGGCAGCUCUCGCGGUGGGGACCCUGCUGCUUGUGACUGGCAUCGGAGCAGCAUCCUGGGCCAUUGUGACCAUCCUACUCAGGAGUGACCAGGAGCCGCUGUACCCAGUGCAGGUCAGCCCUGGGGAUGCAAGGCUGGCUGUGUUUGACAAGACCGAGGGGACGUGGAGGCUGCUGUGCUCCUCACGAUCCAACGCCAGGGUGGCAGGGCUCGGCUGCGAGGAGAUGGGCUUUGUCAGGGCCCUGGCACACUCAGAGCUGGACGUGCAGACUGCUGGUGCCAAUGGUACAUCCGGUUUCUUUUGUGUGGAUGAGGGCCGCCUGCCCGUGGCCCGAAGGCUGAUGGAGGUCAUCUCUGUGUGUGACUGUCCCAGAGGCCGUUUUGUGACGACCAUCUGCCAAGACUGUGGCCGCCGAAAGCUGCCGGUGGACCGCAUUGUGGGGGGCCAGGACAGCAGCCUGGGCAGGUGGCCCUGGCAGGUCAGCCUGCGCUACGAUGGGGCCCACCUCUGCGGAGGAUCCCUGCUGUCGGGGGACUGGGUGCUGACAGCUGCACACUGCUUCCCAGAGCGGAACCGGGUUCUGUCUCGAUGGCGAGUGUUUGCUGGUGCUGUGGCCCGGACUUCACCCCACGGUGUGCAACUGGGGGUUCAGGCUGUGGUCUACCACAGGGGCUACCUUCCCUUUCGAGACCCCACCAGCGAAGAAAACAGUAAUGACAUUGCUCUGGUCCACCUCUCCAGCCCUCUGCCCCUCACAGAAUACAUCCAGCCUGUGUGUCUCCCCGCUGCGGGCCAGGACCUGGUGGACGGCAAGAUCUGCACUGUGACAGGCUGGGGUAACACACAGUACUAUGGCCAGCAGGCUGUGGUGCUCCAAGAGGCCCGGGUCCCCAUCAUCAGCAACGAGGUCUGCAACAGCCCCGACUUCUAUGGGAAUCAGAUCAAACCCAAGAUGUUCUGUGCUGGCUACCCCGAGGGCGGUAUUGAUGCCUGCCAGGGUGACAGCGGUGGUCCCUUCGUGUGUGAGGACAGCAUCUCUGGGACUUCUCGAUGGCGGUUGUGUGGCAUUGUGAGCUGGGGGACAGGCUGUGCCUUGGCCCAGAAGCCGGGCGUGUACACCAAAGUCACUGACUUCCGAGAGUGGAUCUUCCAGGCCAUAAAGACUCACUCCGAAGCCAGUGGCAUGGUGACCCAGCCCUGACCCCCAUCUCCUCGUUGCUCUGCGCUGCCCACGCCUCCAGGGCCCAAGUUGGUCUCGGGGCUUCAGCCCCCCACGGAAGGCUCCAUCCUGGGCCUGGGAUGGAACAGUUUUCUUCUUGGGCCCAGUCUACAGGUCCAAGGACACCUCUUCCACAGUGGCUGGCCCAUUCAGUACUGGGGUUGCUUAGCCUCACCCUCCCACAUCCAUGUAAAUAUUACUCUGCCCUCUGGGGGCUCCUGUCCAGGCAUCCCAUGGCAGGAUGCUCUUUAAAUAAUAAAGGUGGUUUUGAUUAA